AUGAUUGCUACCAGGCUAGCUUCACGAGGGUCCGCUGCCUCUGGGUAUGCGACAGCUCAGCUGCUGAAGUCCUUCAAUAGCUGCUCGAUACGACCUACGUUCGUGGUUGCCCAGCAUGUUCAGCUGGCCCCAGCUGGUCAACGCCACUUUUCCUCGUCAGAAAGCCCCAAGAUCCAAAAGUUCUUCGAGAAGAAAGAAACAGAAUUGGUGAGGAGAACGCCGGCGGCAUGGCCUCAUCCGGCAUUCAACCAGGACCAGAUGAACGCAGUCACCGUCGCUCAUAGAGAAAGUCAGACAACCUCAGACAAGGCUGCUCUUCUUGCUACCAGGGUACUUCGAUGGGGCUUGGAUGUGGCUACAGGUUAUAAGCACAAGGACGGUGCUAUGACUGAAGAGAAGUACAUGAUUAGAAACGUCUUCCUUGAGAGCGUAGCUGGCGUACCUGGAAUGGUUGCAGGUAUGAUCAGGCAUCUUAACUCAAUGAGGCGCAUGAAACGAGACAACGGAUGGAUCGAAACACUGCUCGAAGAGAGCUACAACGAACGGAUGCACUUGCUCACCUUCAUGAAGAUGAGUAAGCCUGGUCUGUUCAUGCGCCUCAUGGUUCUGGGCGCCCAGGGAGUUUGGUGUAAUGCGUUAUUUUUUGCGUAUCUCAUCAGCCCUCGCUUCGUCCACCGCUUUGUUGGGUACCUCGAAGAAGAAGCCGUUUUUACGUACACACGCCAAAUCCAAGACCUCGAUGCAGGGCGUCUGCCUAAAUGGGAGAAGCUGCAGGUUCCCGACAUCGCAAUCGAGUACUGGAACAUGCCCGAAGGUCACCGCACUAUGCGAGAUCUACUACUGUACAUUCGUGCAGAUGAGAGCAAGCAUCGGGAAGUGAACCACACCCUCGGCAAUCUCGACCAGAAAGAAGACCCGAACCCCUACGCGAGCGAGUACAAGGACGUGACAAAGCCACAUCCAAGCAAAGAUCUUGCGCACCAGAAGCCCACUGGGUGGGAGCGACACGAGAUCAUCUGA